AUGCUGCCCCGCCAUCUCCGCAAAGCGUCCAGUAGCGCUCGCACUGUUGCAGCCUCUCGAAGGUACUCGCACAAUGCUCUUGUGAGGUCUAGUGCUCGACCUGUACCGUUUCGCGUAAGCAGCGUCGCAGCCGCCAGCACGCGGGGCUUUCAUGCGAGUGCAAAUCGGCGCGAUGAACUUCCAAAAUCACCGUUUCAGACGUUUGUGGAUACGCUCCGUGAGGAACUCCAAAAGAACCGGGAGUUGCAGGCGAACGUGAAGCAACUCCAGGGUGAUGUUGAUAAGCUUCAAGACUCGGAGGCUAUGAAGCGUGCAAGGGCCGCAUAUGAACGUGCUCGACUCACGUCGAGCAUCAAAGAAAACCCGCGAUUGCGUGCUGCUGCAGAGGAGCUUCGCAAACAGGGUGUAAAAGUGGGUGAUGCCGUGAGCGAGGCGCUGAAAAGCAUGGAAGAGUCUGAUAUCAUGCGAGCGAUCGGUCGAGCGUCCUCCGCAGUAUCAUCCAAAAUUGCAUCAACUACCGAGCCAAUCCGUAAUACCGAGGCGUAUAAGGCACUCGCGGAUACGGUAAUGGACGCACUUGAUGACAGUGGGUCAGCGAAACAUGCCGGAUAUGAGGAAAAAGAAGCGCGACGACAGCGGCGUGCAGCUCGUCUAGCGAAGGCAGGCAAGAAGGGUGGCAUCGCUGCUCGAAAUCGUGUCACUGCAUAUCCCGAAGCGGGCUCCGCAGUUGUAUUGCACAAAGAUUCCCCGCGACAAGAGCGCUGGAACCGUAUGAAGGAGACCAACCCAGUCUUUCGACAAUUCGUAGAGCUACGUCGGCAAUACGAUGAGUCGGAAAAUCCAAUCAUUUCGUCAAUGCGUUCUGUGACGUCGACAAUUGGUUCGUGGUUUGAUGAAACAGAGUAUGCACAGGUGAUACGUCAAAUGCGAUACAUGGAUCCGACAUUCGAUCGCGAGAGUUUCGAGCGUGAGCUAAGGGAAUACAUUGUCCCAGAAAUUGUAGAUGCAUACCUCAGUGCUGAUCGAGAAUCUUUACAAAAGUGGUGUGGGGAAGCGACGUAUAAUUUGCUAUGGGCGACCAUGGAGCAAUACAUCCGACAAGGCCUCAUAAGCGACAGCAAAGUGCUCGAUAUUCGACAAGUGGACAUUGCAAGCGCGAGAUUGCUUGAGAACGAUGGAGCGGAGGUUCCUGUCUUUGUUGUAUCGUUCGCGACACAAGAAGUGCUGCUUUUCCGGAAUGCGAAGACGCGCGAGGUCGUGGUCGGCGCGGAAAACAAGGUCGAGCAAUGCACGUAUGCGGCUGUGUUGACGCGAGUGGAGGAAGAAUUGUCCGAUGAGUUGACGGGUGGAUGGAAAGUUAUUGAGAUGGCGCGUAGGUCUUCACGCGCAUAUUUGUAGGCCAUCGUGUAAAAUCAUGGUCGACCAUUUCGCACCUAGACUAGUCAAGCUAUCUGCAUUGCAUAUACAUAGUUACACCACACAUUAAUGAUAUGAACUCU